GAUUGAUGAAAGAGUAAACAAGCGAAGAACAAACUGAUUUGCCCUAGCCGGCAUUACACAACUCAUUUCCCAUUUCCGAUUGAUGAGAAGUUAAACGAAGGAAAGUGAGCGAUGCCGUUGUUCAUAUCGGAUGAGGAAUACGAGCGGUGCUCGCAAGAUGCCGGUUUGGUAGCGGUGAAAGCUGAUGAGUUUAUUCGCGAUUUGUACAAUCAACUGGAAAAUGUGAAAGCACAGGCUGAUGCUGCAUCUAUUACAGCUGAACAGACUUGUUCUGUUCUUGAACAGAAGUAUGUCUCGCUUUCUUCUGAGUACUCCGUGCUUCAACUGCAGUACUCUCAACUUAAUUCUUCCUUUGAGGAACGCCUGUCUGAACUCUCUCAAGCACAAGCCGAGAAACAGCACGCUUUCAUCCAAUCUAUUGGAAAGGAUGGAGAUGUGGACCGGUUAUCAACAGAGGCUUCAGAACUCCGGAAAACAAAGAGGCAAUUGAUGGAAUUGGUAGAACAGAAAGACUUGGAGAUUAGUGAGAAAAAUUCCACUAUCAAAAGCUAUCUUGAUAAGAUAGUUCACUUGACUGAUAUUGCUGCAAAUAGGGAAGUACGGGUCUGUGACUUGGAGACUGAAGUGUCACGCUGUCAGGCUUCUUGUUCGCGGCUUUUGCAGGAGAAGGAGCUUGUUGAGAGGCAUAAUGCAUGGCUUAAUGACGAGUUAACAACAAAGGUCAAUGGUCUCAUGGAGCUGCGUAAAGCUCAUUCUGAGCUUGAGGCUGAUAUGUCUGCCAAACUUGUUGAUGCUGAGAAAAAAAUUAUUGAAUGUGAUAGGCGUUUGAAGAGAAAAGAGGAACAAGUUAGAGAAAUGGAGUUGAAGUUCACUUCUCUAGAGCAAGAUUUAUUAUCCACCAAGGAUGUAGCAGCUGCAAAAGAGGACCAAAUGUCUGGUGAAAUUGCAACGUUAAACAAGCUAGUGGAGUUGUACAAGGAGAGCUCCGAGGAAUGGUCUAAAAAGGCAGGAGAACUUGAAGGAGUAAUUAAAGCUCUGGAGACUCAUGGAAACCAAAUAGAGAAUGACUAUAAAGAGAGGCUUGAGAAAGAAGUAUCUGCAAAGAUAGAACUAAAGGAGGAGGUUGCAUGUUUGAAAAAUAAGCUUGCGAAAAGCGAAGCGGAAUUAAAAAAAGGAGAAGAUACAUUGAAGCUUCUUCCUUUGAGUUAUUUUUCUAGUGAAUCAUUGCCAAACUCAGUUGAAGCUGGUGACAUGGUUGAGGAUGAUCGGAUGGUCGUACCUAGUCUACCAAUUGGUGUUUCAGGAACCGCAUUAGCCGCUUCACUUCUUCGGGAGGGUUGGAGUCUGUCUAAGAUGUACACCAAAUAUCAGGAAACUGUUGAUGCACUACGACAUGAACAAUUGGGAAGAAAACAAGCUCAAGAUGUACUGGAGCGAGUACUCUGUGAAAUAGAGGAGAAAGCUGGAGUUAUCUUGGAUGAGCGAGCGGAGCAUGAAAGAUUGGAAGAUGCUUACUCUGUGCUAAAUGAAAAGCUGCAGCAUUCCCUCUCUCAUCAAGCUGCUUUAGAGAGGAAUAUUCAGGAAUUCAAUGCUGAUAUGAGAAGGCGUGACCGUGAUUAUGCUGUUGCUCAGGCAGAGAUAGUUGACCUCCAAGAACAGGUGACAGUGCUUUUAAAGGAAUGUUGUGAUAUACAAUUCCGUGGUGGAUCUGUGGGACCUAAAAAUGACAAUUCUGUGGUGUCAAAUUCUUUAAUUAUGUUUGGUGCUGAAUCUAAUGCUGAUGAUGUUGGAAGGCACUUGAGCUACAAGGACAUAAAUGGCCUGGUUGAACAAAAUGUCCAGCUAAGAGGCCUAGUUCGGAGCCUUACUGACCAGAUUGAGAACAGAGAGUCAGAGUUGAAGGAAAAGUAUGAGAAGGAGCUGCAGAAGCAUGUUGACAAAGCUACCUCCCAGGUUAAUGCAGUACUGGCAAAAGCGGAUGAGCAGGGUACGAUGAUUAAAUCACUUCAUGCAUCUGUGGCGAUGUACAGAAAGCUCUUUGAAGAGCAUACAGUUGUUUCUUCUGAUACUCGAUCUGAAAAAGUAGCAGAGGUUGAGAGGCAUGAAGUGAUGCUUUUGCCUGAUUCUUCACAUGAAAUUUUAGGGAGAGCACAAGAACGGGCUUUUGAGCGUGUAAAAUGUCUUGAAGAAGAGUCGUCAAGAUUACGGAGCGAGAUUAUUUCUCUUCGGUCAGAGCGGGAUAAGUCAGCUCUGGAAGCACAGUUUGCUCGAGAUAAACUUGACAGAUAUAUGAAAGAUUUUGAGCUCCAGAGAGAGGAGCAUAAUGAUGUGAUCACGAGAAAUGUUGAGUUCUCACAGUUGAUAGUUGACUACCAGAAGAAGCUGCGAGAAAGUUAUGAGUCAUUGAAUGCUGCUGAGGAACUUUCUCAAAAUCUAAAACUGGAGGUGUCUAUUCUAAAGGAUGAAAAGGGUAUGCUGGUAAAUGCCGAAAAGAGAGCUUCGGAUGAAGUACGUAAUUUGUCACAAAGGGUGCAUAGUUUGCAGGUCCAUUUAGAUACAUUGCAGAGUACUGAGAACGUUCGUGACGAGGCAAGAGCUGCUGAGAGGAGAAAGCAAGAAGAGUAUAUUAAGCUUAUUGAGAAAGAAUGGGCUGAAGCUAAGAAAGAAUUACAAGAACAGCGUGAUAAUGUUCGAAACCUUAUACCUGAGAGAGAAGAUGCUCUAAAGAAUGCAUUGAGACAAAUUGAGGAAAUGAGGAAGGAAUUGGCUAGCACUUCACAUUCUGUGGCUGCUGCUGAAGCUAGAGUAGUUGUUGCUGAAGCGCGAUCUGCUGAUUUAGAGGAAAAAUUGCAAGCUUUGCAAAAAAAGGUUUCUGAAAGAGCUGAUGAAGGUGGUCCUUCCUCUUCUACUGAGCUUUUUGACAACAUGGAUUCUGCUGAAGAAGUUAAAAGACUCAGAGAGGAGGUGCAGGUUAACAAAAAUCAUAUGCUGCAAUAUAAAAGCAUAGCUCAGGCAAAUGAAGAAGCAUUAAAGCAGAUGGAAUUGGCCUAUGAGAACCUCAAAGUAGAAGCUGAUAGAGUGAAAAAAUCAAUGGAAGAGGAAGCAUUAUCGCUUAGGAAGCAUGUUGAUGAGCUUGAGAGGGAAUGUAAUUUGAAGUCAAUUGAAGCAGCUUCUGCAACUGCAGGAAAAGAAGAAGCCGUUGUUGCUGCUUUAGCUGAAAUAUCCAGUCUGAAAGAAGAUACCUCUGCUAAGACGACACAAAUCUCAAAUUUGGAGGAUCAAAUAACUGCUUUGAAAGAUGAUUUGGACAAAGAGCAUCAAAGAUGGCGUGCUGCUCAAGAUAAUUAUGAGAGACAGGUAAUUCUGCAGUCAGAAACAAUUCAAGAACUGACUAGAACAUCUCAAGCUUUGGCAACCUUACAAGAAGAGUCAUCUGAGCUCCGUAAGUUGUCAGAUAUUCUAAAAUCCGAAAAUAAUGCAUUGAAGGCCAAGUGGGAGGCAGAAUUGUCGGUGCUAGAAGUGUCAAAAACUGAAGCUGAGAAGAAAUACACUGAGGCUAAUGAACAGAACAAAAUAUUACUGGACCGGCUUGAGGGUUUGUAUAUUAAACUGGCUGAGAAGGACCGUGUAUCUUCAGGUGUAUCUGCUGGAAGCACAGUGGCCGAGGGUGAUGACGGACUGAUGAAUGUUGUGAAUUAUCUAAGACGGUCCAAGGAAAUUGCAGAAACAGAAAUUUCUUUGCUCAGACAGGAAAAACUUCGGUUGCAAUCACAGCUUGAGAAUGCUCUGAGGAGAGUGGAGGUAGCAGAAGCAUCACUUAAUUCUGAGCGGGAGAAUUCAAGAGCUCAGGUUUUAAGUGAAGAGGAGUUUAAAUCACUGCAGCUUCAGGUUAGAGAAUUGAACUUACUUCGUGAAAGCAACUUGCAAUUGAGAGAGGAGAACAGGCACAAUGUUGAAGAAUGCCAGAAACUUCGCCAAGCUGCCCAGAAGAUGAAAACUGAAUUAGAGGAUCUGGAGAAGCUUCUUAAUGAAAGACAAGCUGAUGUAGAAGCUUGUAGGAAAGAGAUUGAAAUGCAGAAGCUGGAUAAAGAGAAGCUUGAGAGGAGGGUUAGUGAGUUGGUUGAGAGGUACAAGAGUUUUGACCUAGAAGAAUAUGCAAGUCUGAAAGAAGCUGCUUCACAGAUGCAGGUGAAUCUGAGAGAAAAAGAUGUAGAGCUGGAGAAAAUUAAGAAAACCAUGUCUGAGCAGCAGAAUCUGGUAGCUGACUUAGAGCAAGACCUUUCAAGGAGCAGAACAGAAUUGAGUCAGAGGGAAUCGAGAAUCAAUGAGAUUUUGCAAACUGAGGCCUCGCUGAGAUCUGAAGUUGAUAAACAAAGAAAGUUGGCAGUUCUAAUGAAGAAAAGGGUUGAAAACUUGUUGAAGGAAAAGGAAAGGGCAGACAGCUUAUCAAAGGAAAAAGAUGAUUUGGCUAGAGAGAAUCAAGCUCUCUCCAAACAGUUGGAAGAUGCUAAACAAUGGAAAAAAACUGCUGAUGCUGCAGAUGAACAGGCUUUGAAAGAUAAAGAAAAGGAGAAAAACACCAGAAUCCAGGGGCUUGAGAAGAUCACAGACCGUCUUAGAGAAGAGUUGAAACAAGAGAGAUCAAAGCGCUUGAAGAUGCAAAAGACAAUAGGGGAUUCCUAUGGAACUGUGAAUCAGCAACGGUCCAAGCUAUCAGAUGAAAUGGACAAGCAUAAGCAGGCUCUGAAGAUGCUUACCGAUGAAGUUGAGAAGAUAAGGCAAACCAAAGGCAGUCAAACAGAGGGCACAUCAGUGGAUCAACUACUUUCUGGGACUCACUUAGAGGAUUUUACUGCUGCAUAUAUUCAGGCUGUAGAUGACUUUGAACGGGUUGCACGUAAUGAGCUUGGGGUUUCUGGUGCUGGUGACACUUCUGCUCCAGAUGCUUCUCUUUCUGCCUCUGUUGUUCCAGGCCCAGCAGCUACGCUUCCGCCACCAGCUAGCUUGUUGACUUCCAUUCCUGCAGUUGGAAAAGCAGAAGAAGAAAGAAGACUUGUUUUAUCGAAGAUAACCUCCGAAACUCGUAAAACCGGAAGGAAAUUGGUUCGACCUCGCAUCACAAAGCCAGAGGAACCUUUAGUUGAUGUGGAGAUGCAAGAUAUAGAUGAAUCCACCAACAGUAGGAAGCAUUUGCCACCUCAAAAUGCAGAAAAUCUAGAUAAUGCCACAUUAUCAACUCAACCACCAAUUCGCAAGCGCCUAUCUGCAGCCUCUACCUCAGAGUUACAAGAAGAAACUCCUGCCAUGGAUGAAACCUGCUUAGAUGUGGCUCAACCUGUGCUUAAGAAGUCCAAACAUCUAGAGGCACCUCAAGAAGGUGGUGAAGAUAAAUCUGCUGGUAAUGUAGAAAAUUCAGAAUCUCUGCCUACUACGGAGGAACAUGAUGCUGGUGAUGAAACCCAAGGUUUGAAAGAGGAAGCCAGUGAUAUUGAGAAGGAUGAGACUACACUUUCUGGCGAGCAGGUUGAAGAGCCGUCAGUUGUUGCAACAAAUCAGGCUGAGUCACAGGUUGAUAGAACAGAUAUUGCAGAUGAUACUUUUGUCAGUUCUAAUGAAGUGUCUACCCCAGAUAAUAAAUCAACAUUUCAGGUGCAACAAGAGAGUGAGCAGCUAGCGAUGGAUGAAAGGGAAGAGGGAGAGCUAGUUGCUGAUCCUGAAGAUGUUGGAAAUUUUGAUAGCAUUUUAUCAAUGGGAAGCCCAGAAAAUUUGGAACCUCAGACUGAUGACUUAGCUGGUACUGAUGAAGACCUCUUGCUUACUCCAACAGACCCCGGGGAGAUAGAAUCUUCUCAGCUCCCAGAUGAUGAUAAGAAUGAUGAAGUUGAUGCGACAGAAGAGCUAGCUGAAAGUUCUGAUAAGUUGAAUGAUGGUGGUGACCAGGUUGCUGCAGAAACUGAUCAGGCUGUGGAUACUGUUACUGCUGAGAAACCAUCAAGCAGUCCAGUUGAUAGUAGCAAUUCAAAAGAAGGGGGUUCGGGUGAAAGUGCUGCUGCUGAAACAGAAGAAGGGAAACAGGUCUCACCUGUCAAUAGGAGCUCAAGAACUAUAAACUUAAAUGAGAGGGCUAGAGAAAGGGCUUCUAUUAGGCAGGCUGCUAUGCUUUCUUCUACACCGACAAGAGGCCGUGGGCGAGUUCUUCGAGGUCGCGGUGGGCGCAGUGGUCGUGGUGGUCGCGGUCCAAUCUCUGGUUCACAGGGUUAA